CGUCCCCGUGGCCGUGAAUGAGCGCGGGGGGCGGGAGCGGAGAGCGGGGAGCGGGGAGCGGGCGGGCCGCGCUCCCACCGCGCUCCCGCCGCGCCGCGUCCGCGCCGCGCCGCGCCGCUCCGCUCCGCCGCGCCCCACAAAAGUGCGGGGUUUGCCGCGGCCGGGCCGCAGCCCAGCCGCUUCCCGGGCCGGAGGGGGCGCGGAGCAGCCGCCGCGCCGCGUCGAGCUGAGCUGAGCUAAGCCGUGCCGAGCCGAGCCGAGCCGUGCCGUACCGAGCCGUACCGAGCCGUGCCGCGCCGCUGCGGGGGGCGCUGCGCCGCGCCGGGCUGGGUUUUUUUAUUUCCAAUUUUUGAUCGCAGCUGCAUUUCCCUCCCCCCGCCCCCCCGCGCCGAGGAGGAGCCCCGGCUUUAUGUGGUGCUGCCCGGAGAGCGCUCGGCGGCCGUGAAGUUCUUUGUGUCGCCGUCGCCUUCUUUUUUUUUUUUUUUUUUUCUCUUUUUUUUUUUUUUUUUUUAAAUGUAUAACUUAAUGGGUCUGAACAGCACGGCCGUAGCUAUUCAGCCCAAUGUGUCCUGCACAUGCAACUGCAAAAGGUCUUUGUUCCAGAGCAUGGAGAUCAGCACUGAAUGUUUAGGUCGCACCUUUCCAGGUAAACUGGCGGAGUUGGAGUUUGUACAGAUAAUCAUAAUCGUGGUGGUGAUGAUGGUGAUGGUGGUGGUGAUCACGUGUCUGCUGAACCACUACAAACUCUCUGCGCGAUCCUUCAUCAGCCGGCACAGCCAGGGGAGGCGGAGAGACGAGAACCUCUCAUCAGAGGGAAGCCUGUGGCCUUCGGAAAGCACCGUGUCGGGGAACGGAAUAACGGAGCAGCAAAUCUACACCCCGAGACCCAGCGACCGCCUAGCAGUGCCAUCCUUUCUGCAGAGGGACCGCUUUAACAGAUUCCAGCCAACCUACCCCUACAUGCAGCACGAGAUCGACCUGCCACCCACCAUCUCGCUGUCGGACGGCGAGGAGCCCCCCCCGUACCAGGGACCCUGCACGCUGCAGCUGCGAGACCCUGAGCAGCAAAUGGAGCUCAACAGAGAGUCGGUCCGGGCACCCCCCAACAGAACCAUCUUUGACAGUGACUUGAUAGAUAACUCCGUGUAUGGGGGGCCGUGCCCCCCCAGCAGUAACUCUGGCAUCAGCGCGACCUGCUACGGGAGCAAUGGUAGGAUGGAGGGACCGCCGCCGACGUACAGCGAGGUGAUAGGGCACUACCCCGGGUCGACGUUUUACCAGCACCAGCAGAACAACAACGGGAUGCCCUCCAUCUUGGAGGGCAGCAGACUCCAUCAUUCACAAAUCAAUGGCCUUGAGAGCACAACCGCGUGGAACAAAGAGAAAGAGAAACAAAAAGGGCACCCCUUUUAAAAAAAAAAAAAAAAAAAAAAAAAAAAGAAAAGAAAAAAAAAGAAAAAAGCAAGAAAGUAAAUGAAACACUCUGCACUUCUCGUUAAAAAGGAGAGAGAGAGAGAGUUGAGGAAGACGAGCAAAGAAAAAAAAAAAAGCCCUUCCCCAUCUCUCCAUGUAUAAAUAUUUACUUGUUAUGUCUGGUCUGAAUGCACAAGCCUACCAAGCUUGCAAAAACAUUUCUUUAUUGAGCUGUGUCUAGACGUUUAAAAAGGAAAAAAAAAUCAACUGUAGUCCUUUUUUUUUUUUUUCUGUUUUGUUUCUAGUUGAGCUGUGUGUGAAUGCUUUUUUUUGUUUGAUUAUUUCACUUAUCUUUAAAGACAAAAUAUUUGCACAAAAAACAUUUUGUUUAAAGAUCUGCAAUAUAAAUAUAUAAAUAUAUAUUAAAAAUAAGAGAAAGUGUAUGUGUAAGGAGCAGGAGUAUUUUUGUAUUAGAAGAGGCCUAUUCAAAAAAAAAAAAGUUGUUUUCUGAACUAGAAGAAAAAUGGCAAUUUUUUGAGUGCCAACUCAAAAAGUGUGUAUUACAUUGUAAAAAAACAAAAAACAAAAAAAAAUCAAAAGCAGGGGUUUAGAGUUAUUUAUAUAAAUGUUGAAAUUUUGCACUAUUUUUUAAUAUAAAUAUGUCAGUGCUUGUGUUGGUCAAAGCCUCUAUCAUGUCUACCAUGAACCUGUUAAGGGAUAUAUGUCGAAGUGAAGAACAAAGUAGCUGGAAGGGGGUGGAAAAACGCUGAAGUGGAGAUGCCAGCCCUGGGAGGAGCGGUGAGCGAGACUGCAUCUUAUGCAAAUCCUUAAUUUCCAGAGUCCCUGCGCGUGGCCGCCAACAGUCACGGCUUUAUACAUUCCCUACAAAGCAAGAGGAGUUGGUGUGUGUCUGUAUGUCAUCUGGUAGGAUUAUUGGAGUAAAAAGGUGAAAUAAAAAGUCCCUGCUUCUGAGAGUCAGGAAUGACUGAAGCAGACAAAAAUUACUUGAUUUUUUUUUUUUUUUUUUUUUUUUUUUUUUGGACAACCUCUAACUUUUUGGAGGGGGGUGGUGGGGAUGAGAAUAAACUUCUGUGUCUGAAGGAACAAAGUGUUUUUUGGUUUAUUUCUUUCAAUGUUCAACUGAAGGGCCCUAUUUGGAGUUAAAGCAGCGAUAAUCGAAGUUAAUGUGAGUAGAUGGUAACAUACCCACCGGCUGCCUUUCAGCUGGGCUUUAAAUAUCUCAUUGAAAGUACGAGCUGAAAAGUGUGGUGGUAGUGAAAGUCAUUUUCAUUUUGUAUUAACCUCCCAAACCUCCAUUUGGGAUGAACGGGUGCAGCCGUGGCUCGCAGCUCCGUCAUCCCCCGGGCUGCCUCUGGUCAUCGCUAUUUUUUACUUUAUUAUCCUAGCUAAAGAGGUGUCAGAUACAGUAGAUGGAAGUGAGUCUGCUCCUGUGAUGUAUUAAUUAAAGGCUAAAGAAAUACGCUUAAUGCUUUAGAAGCAAAUCCCCUUUACCUCUUGUGAAGAUGUCCUCAUCCACAGCAGCAUGGUCCCACCUGCCCUCCUACCCACCGGGUGUUGUGCGUCUGUAAUUUAUCUUGGUUUUGGAAGCAUUUUGUCUUACUAUGCUAUUGUUUACAUUUUUAUAUUGCGUAGGUGUCUGGUAGGUGUUUUACCCUCACAGUGAAUUUGUACGUGACAGAGUAAGCGAGUGAGAAACCUGAGAGCGCGCGAGAGAGAAAGCAAAAGGGAAAAAACCUGUUCUCGGUCCCGUCUCCCCGGCCGGGAGAGCAUCUCUCUGAGCGCGAGGAAGGGUGGGUAGGGGAAGCACAGAGAGCGAAGAUUUUACAAGGGGGUGUGAUUUCAUUUUCUGCAGGAUGCUAUCUAGUAGAGUGACAUAAAUGAAAGAUAUAAAGGCAAUAACUAUUGUUUUUAAGCAACUUUUCUAUUACUUGAAAAAAAAAAACCAUGAGAACAGUUUUGAAGUUCUGACCAUUUGAACAAUAUUUAUAUAUAUUUUAAAGAAGAUGAUGAAUAGCUGAACUUGAAGUUUGAUCAUUAUUUUUUGCUUUUUUUAUUUUUGCCUAGAAAUAGUCCUGUACCUUCUCAAUAUUUCAAACUGCUUUUCCACAGCUCUUGAAAUCUUCAUAGCUUUACAGUCGUGUAACCUAAAUUUUGAUGACCUAAAAAAAAAAAAAAGCCACAAAAAAAAAAAAGUCAUACAAAGGAAUAAAUCUAGUUUGUCACGAAAGGUACAAAACUGAUGAAUUUAUACGAGUUUUUAAAAUGUAUCUUUCCUUUAUGUAACGUAUCUAUUUAGUGCCUUAUUAAAGAAACAGUAACCCUCCCUUUUUAGAGAGGGGAAGACAAAAUCAUCGUUAGCGUCACGAGUAACCAGCGUCUGGUCUCUUGCUCCUUUGGACCUUGCAUUCAGUUUUCCAGUCCCUUCUUGCCCGGCAGCGCUGCCGGCUCCCCGGAGCAGCUCCGUGUGCCUGGCCACGCAGGCUGCUGCCGCUGCUCUUCUCCGGCUGUUUGUAAGGGAACUUGAACACGUUUAUGCACAUUAUUCUACCCGGGGAGGUAGGAAACUGUGGUGGAUAUUGUAAAUGAGAUACCAACCAAAAGAGAAACCGAAAUAUAAUAUCUACUGCCCUCUUGAGCCAAAAUGUGUGAAUAGUGGGGUUGGGGUUGGGGUGGGGGGUGGUGGUGGGGGGUGUUGUUCUGUGAUCUGAACUAGUUUGUUUGCUACAAAAAAAACUGGUUACCUCAGCAGGUUUUGGGUGGAAUAUGCAUCACACAUUUAAAACUGAGCAGUGAAUAAGGAGGUGUCGUGGGGACUGGAGGUCGUUAAGUAACGGGGUUGUCGUCUCGCGUGGCGUCACCAGACCCCAAAGAGAGGUCAGGGAAGGGGGUAUGGUCUGGAAAGGCACGGAGGGGUGGUGGGAGGGGGUCUAAAAAUGCAGUGCAGUUAAACCCAGCUCUCCUGCUUUGAAGUCCUCAAAAUUUCAACCGAUUCUCUGGGUUUUUUCCCUAUUUUUUUUCUCUCUCCCCAAUUCGCUCCCCAGUCUGAGCUUUUGUUUCUCGAGCAUCACCCCAAGCAUCUGCAGUUGAGCGAUCAGUUUGUUGAGUUCCUGGGUCCGGUUUCAUUUACCUCUUUCUCUAGUUUGGGGAAUUUAAUGAGCGUGAAACAGCGUGGCUCGUCAACGCUAAAUUUCUGUUGCAAACGAUGCCUUUCAGUCCAUGCCGUGCACAAACAAAACCCAAGCUGCCACCUUUCCCCCUGCUGGUGCAGGUCCCUGGGCAGCGGGUGCCACUCGAGUCCACCUCGACAGAGCCAAGUUGUCACCUUUUGUCUUUCUUCUGUCCAUCCCUCUGCUUUGCAGUCCCGAGAAGCGUGAAUUUCAAGUGCAGAUACCAGAUCUGGGGCCCAGAUCAACUCCAAGUUCUGAAUGGGUGUUUAGAAAUAACAGUCUGUUCUUUUUUAUUAUUGUUGUUGUUGUUGUUGUUAUUGUUAUUAUUAUUAUUACUAUUUAAUGUUACUUUUUUGCCUCGGGGUCCAUUUCUUCCCAAUUCCCGUGUCCCGUAUUGCCACCAAGGCAGAGAAUUUGCUUUGCACACCCUUGCUGAUGUCUCUACUCGUUUCCUUCUGGCCUUCAUGCAGCUCAGGAGAGAACUGUGUUAGAAGCUGGACUGCGGUCCUGCUCCGCAGGAGUCUCUAGCGUCUUGCAGCUGCCAGCAGAGAGAUUCAGGCCCCUUAAGAAUGAUUUAUUUUUAAACAAAUACAGAAGAAACAAGGCAUUGCUAAUGCUUAGCAACCUCUUGUCCUAGCCUGCCUUUUUGCUCGAAGUUUUCAGAGUCACGUUAGCUUUAAAAGGGGUUGUUAAUCUUACAGUUUCGUAGCUUGCAGUAUGGCAAAGAGCAUCCUUAAAGUGCCCCCAAAUCUUAAUGGCCUGGAAUGGGAACGUGGCUUUGUCAAUCAGGAUGGUGAGGAAGGAUGGGUUUCGUUUGGGGCUGACAUUGGUAAAACUUGUGUUCCCUUCACAACCCUCAAUCGCACCGGUUUGAAGAUUCAGUUUUACUAAUCUAGUGCGUUGUAUCCAUAAGUGUUACGAAAUUCAUUCUAUCUGAAGUGGGGCUAUAAGGAAAUCCAAUUGCUUUCUGGAGAAUCACCCUUUUGUAUGUGUAUUGAACUAUAAAAUUGCACUAACUGCUAUAUUAAAAAAUAAAGAAAUAAAAGCCCAACAUUUUUACUAAGGAUCAGGAAAAGACUGAAACCAGAUGUGUAGCAUUAACAGUGCUAGGCGAGAACAGAAUGAAUUUUUAAUCUCUUCUGUCUCUGUAUUGCUCAGAGAUUUUCUAUGUACAACAUAAAGCUACAAAAAACAAAAACGUUUUCCAGAAACCGUGCUUCAAAUUUCUGCUGUACUAUAGAAGCUCAUGAAGGACAGCAUUAAAGUCCUAAUUUGCCUGCCUUAUAGACACAUUUCAUUGUAUUAAUAUUUUCUUAAACUUCCAGUUGCAUUGCUUUGGCUUUGGAGUUUGUUAUAGGCAGUCCUGUAUCCUGAGUUCUGUUCAAGUUUAAACUUAUGUAAACUAUUGACAGCACAUGCAAUGCAGUACUUAUCUAUAUUUUGCUGUUUUAGUAUGAAUAUGUACUCUGAUGCCAAUUUACAAAAAUCUGUUGUAAAUGCUUAUUGUGUAACAGUAACCGAUAGUGGCAAUUAUAUGUCAUUCUAAAAGCUGCAAUACUUAUACAAUAAAUUUUACAAUACUUUGGAAAAUUUGCCUUCACCUUUUGCUUUGUUACCCAAAAAUCAGAGUUUGCCAACACAAUGUAAUUUCAAAAGCUCUUCCUAUUUUCUUUUUGAAUAUUGGAAAACUAAUAUUCUCGGGUUUGGACAUUUGUGUGGUUUUUCCCCCUUCCUUGUUAAGUAGCCUUCUGAAUAACAGGCCAACCUCUGUAUUGCCACAACGUGUUUUUUCCCAUGAAGCUGUAGCUGUUUCCCGGUGUAUCUGCAUGCUCGGUCCGUGUGUGCGUGUACAAUUCUGUUUUCUUUUGAGUAGAUCAGGUGUUGCGUCUUUAAUCCCAGAAGAAGCAUUCCUGGUUUGCACCAGUAUGUCCAACACUUGCGAUCCUGCCUUUCAGCCAAGAACAUCACUGAUGGUCAGAAGGUCUUAACUUGAAUAACCGUCAAUCAACAAGAACUGUGUAGAUUGACUCAAAUCCUAAGCACAGAUAAUUUGUGUGACUUUUUCCUUUCUGAGACUGUGGUCAAAUUGCAGUGAUCACAUUAAAAUGAUUGAAAACUUAAA